AUGGGAAUUUUCCCCUCUGAAUGGAAAAUUGCUAGAGUUAUACCGCUUCAGAAGAAGGGUUCACGCUCCGUUUUAGACAAUUAUGGGCCAAUAUCAAUUUUGCCGGUCAUCAGCAAAAUAUUUGAAAAGAUCUUGUAUGAGCAGUUAUACGAAUAUUUUACCACCAAUAAUUUAUUGUCUGAACAGCAGUUUGGGUUCAGGCGCUUUCAUUCCACGUCCACUGCUUUGCUUGAUUGUACUGAUGAGUGGUAUGUUAAUAUGGAUCGUGGUUUGUAUAAUCUUGCCGUUUUUCUCGAUUUAAAAAAAGCAUUUGACACGGUAAACCACGACAUUUUACUAGCUAAACUAGAGUUAUAUGGUAUUAAGAACACGCCUCUUAUGCUUCUCAAAUCGUACUUAUCAGAUCGAUCUCAGAAAUGUCAAGUAAAUGGGGAACUUUCCACACUAAAAUAUCUAAAAUAUGGCGUUCCUCAGGGUUCAAUUUUGGGUCCACUUCUGUUUUUAAUUUAUAUCAAUGAUUUGCCGAAUUGUUUACAACACUCUACAGCACGCAUGUUCGCCGACGAUACUAACAUUACAGUGUCCGGUAAAUCAAUUAAGGAAGCGGAGGUGGCCGUUAAUGUCGAUCUCAAUAAUAUCAGAGAAUGGCUUCUAUCGAACAGGCUCUCUCUUAACCUUGUCAAAACGGAAUAUCUUUUGAUUGGAUCACGCCACAAUAUUAACACGUUAGAAGAACAACCGCGUGUUUUUAUUGGAGAUGAACCAAUUAAAGGGGUUCAAGUUACAAAAACUCUUGGAGUCAAAAUUGAUCAAUUUUUAACUUGGGACAGUCAUAUUGACCAAAUUUCUAAAAAAAUAUCUUCUGGAAUAAGUGCCAUGAAAAAGAUAAAGGAUUUCACUAAUUCUGAUACUUUGAAGUCGGUCUAUUAUGGUCUUGUCCAACCCCAUUUCGACUACUGUUGUGAAGUUUGGAAUUCCAUUAAUAGAGGCCAGUCUGAACGACUACAAAAACUUCACAACAGAUGUGCUAGAAUUAUAAUGAACUUUAAAGAUGAGCCUGGGCAAUCUCAACUGGCCCUCGAUCAAUUAGGGUGGAUAAGCUUGGAAGAAAGGCGAAAACAUAAUAUGGCCCGUCUCAUGUUUAAGGUUGUCAAUAAUUUGGCACCAUCGAGGUUCUCAUCAAUGUUCCAGAAUUCUAACCAUACCCACAGUUAUAAUUUACGAGGUUCAAAUUCGUCUCUCUUUCUGCCACGACCAAAUACCGAGUAUGGCAGAAAAUGUUUUCGAUAUAGUGGGGUUAAAAUCUGGAAUAGCAUUCCUGAACAAGUAAGAAACAGCGAAUCUUUAAAUUCUUUCAAUAGAAAUUUUUCCUCUGUUAGUCUGACGAAUUAGCUAUUUGAGUUUUGUAUACCAUUUGUUUUGUAAUAUGUAUUUGUAUUCGUAGUUCUUAAUUUUCUUAGUGAUUUUGUAUUUUAUAUAUUUUUGUAACAUUUAUCUACGCCCCACUUGGAAAGCAGCUAUGGUUGAAGUGGCCAGCGUAGUCAAAUAAAGUUUUAUCCUAUCCUAUCACCGAACUCGUUAAGAAGAUAUGACAAUCACAAUAUACCACCUUUACCCCAAUAUGGCGCCAUCUUGGCGCUCAUUACGAGUAACAGCAAACUCACAAUAGCCCGAUAUUUACUGACGUUUUUAGCGCGGAUUUUGCUUUAGUAAACCUCUCUUGUAAUUAUUUUUGAAAAAAUAUUGUGUUUUGAGCAAAAUGAAACUACUAACUUGUACAACUCUGAUCCACAAAUGUCUUUCCCACAUUUCUUUACAUAUCUUUCUUUGAGAACAUGCGCAUUGAUAAAGCAUUUUGUUCAAGAUCCAGAAAUGACUUUUCUUUUAAUUUCGGAUAUGAAAUGUAAAAUGCAUUAAAGAAAUAAAUUUGAUAAUUUAUAAUGCCAAUAAUGUUAUGAUAAAAAAAAAGGGGGUCACCGAUCUUUUUAGGGAAUUGUGGCAUUAAAACGUGAAAUAUAAGUAAAUAAAUAAACUACAGACACAGGGAACCCUAUCUACACUUUUGUAUGCCUUUUUUUAAAACAUUGAUUUUAACGUAAUUCUUUGCACGAAUGUAUUGCUUAUAUCUAUUAAACCUACCUACGGAAUACUUAAUUUUGUAUUUUCACUUGUCCAUCGCGUUUAGUUGUUGAGAAAUGUUGAGAUAAAGUUGAAGCCUGUUCGAGCUUCAUCCGCCAUCUUGAAAAUAAACGCAUAUGCUAAUUUAUACUUGAAUAAAUUACUGACGUCAUUGGCUGGGUUAAGACGAAAUGACAAUAUAAAAUAGUAUUGUUUUUACACAACGUUGUUGGCUUUUAGGUCAAAAAUAAAAGGUGUCUAGCAAAUCCAAUAAAUAGUUGUACAAUAAUUAAGUAUCAGCGCCGAGAUUACUAUUAAUUGCGAGUAUACGGAAAGUCGAAUCAGAUGUCUUGACUGAAACACUAGUGAUAAAUUAUGCAGUCGGGCCAGUCGGCAAGAUAGAAACAUUAGCACGUCUGAAUAGAAGUAUAUUUUAUGGCGGCAUAUUUCUGAAUUAUAUCUUCAUUCAUAAAAAAUCACAAUUAUCUCCGCACAGGCGGUGACAGGUUGUAAAACAGCAUUAUUUGCGAAAUAGCCGUACAAAGCACAUAUUGUUGUAAAUUAGUAGCUUAGCCUUAGAUUCAGUAUAGAAUAUAUUUUGUAAAAAUAUAUGAUAGUAAAAAUUUAUAUACAGGGUGUAUAAAAAAAAGGAGACCUUUAGAAUUCAAUCAUAUUGUUAAAAUUUGAAUGCCUUUUCAAUUACACAUAUGCUGAACCGUAGUGCGUGAAAUAUUGAUGGGUUGCAUAUAUUAGAAAAAGGAGACCUUUAGAAAUUGAAAUAACGUUUAAACAAAAGAUUGUCUGCUCUUGGGAACAAUCUGCCAUGAAUACUGUACGUAGAUCGCAUGUUACGCACUCGUGGGCUUAGCAAAGUGCUCCAGGAUUCAAAUUAUAACAAUGGUUGAUUUCUAAAGGUCUCCUUUUUCUAAUAUAUGCACUCCAUCAAUAUUUUACGCACCACGGUUUAGCAUAUGUGUAAUUGAAAAGGCAUUCAAAUUUUAACAAUAUGCUUGAUUUCUAAAGGUCUCCUUUUUUUUAUACACCCUGUAGUCUAUAAUUAUAUGCAUGCCAAUAAUGUUAUGAUAAAAAAAAUAUAAGUAAACUGGAACAUUUGAAUAACAGGAAAUACGAACGUUAAACAAAAACAGGAACUUUUAGCACGGAAUGUACGUACGUGAGGGAAGUUUGUGGCUUCAAACAACCAUCUCCUAUAGUUUAUAUUAAUUUAAAAGCAAGGUGAAUUGUUUCACAUAUUUUACAAAUAUAGCAGUUGAAAAUAUCAACAAAGCAUUUGUUUACAUACGGACUUUACAUGCUCUUUAUAUAUGAAUAUACACAUAUGAUUUUCAUUUAUAUAAUGUAUAUAACUGAAGAUUGUGAAUUGUGGAUUGUAAAUGAAGAUUCUGACCUUCGAGCUGAACGGUCAUGGUUAACGAAGCUCUUUAAAAUUGAUUAAAUUUCCACAUUAAAGUCAAAUAAGUAUAAUGCCUGAUACAGUAAAAGGUUUAAAGGAAGCAAACAAGGCACUGCGCUCUAAAAUUGAGGAAUUAAAGUCUCAACUGAACGAAGUCAGCAAAAAAAUUACCUCACAUACCAACAAGAAACUGGCCAUUGAAGAUCAGCCGCAGGUCAUGUCAAACGACCAAAAUAAAGCAGUAGAGUUUAUCGGCAAACAAUAUGACGAUCUGGAUGCAUUUCGAAAACAAGCUACUCAAGAUAUUAAGAAAAUCUCUUCAAGACUUGAUAAAGUUAGUAGAAGCUGCGACGAAAUAUAUGAAGCCAUCGAAGCAAUCGAGACGUACAGCUAUCAGUAUAAUAUUAAGAUAGUUGGACUGCCGCCAGUUAACGACAAAGAAUCGUCUGAUGUGACUGCAGCGCUUUGUGUAAAGCUUUUUUCAGCAUUGGGUGUAAAUGAUGUCUCUCUACAAGAUAUAGACACUGCCCAUCGUGUCCCGAAGCGGAAUCGAAAUUUACCUGCUAGUCCAGCCCAAUAA